GCCCCGCCUUCUUUGUCGUCACUUGCUGAGCGCCGCCAGAGCUGCGCGCAGUUCCCGUUGGGACCCGCCCGGGCGCGCUCGCUGUGCAGCAGCGGUCCGACCCCCGCCGGCAGGAUGUCAGCCACUGCCCCUGGAAGCUCAAAUAUGGCUGCUGGCAGUAAUCGUCGUCUUCAGCAGACUCAACACCAAGUAGAUGAGGUUGUUGACAUCAUGAGAGUGAAUGUGGACAAGGUGUUGGAGCGAGAUCAGAAGCUGUCAGAGUUGGAUGACCGUGCUGAUGCACUGCAAGCAGGAGCUUCCCAGUUUGAGACCAGUGCAGCCAAGCUGAAAAGAAAGUAUUGGUGGAAGAACUGUAAGAUGUGGGCAAUAUUGAUAGCUGUUGUUCUCAUUAUCAUCAUCAUCAUUAUUGUCUGGAGUGUGUCUUGAUGAGUUACAGGAAGAAACUCGAAUCAACCGAAGGUGCCCAUCUUCAGCCUCUCCACUUCAAACCUGCUGUAUCUUCAGCCCACUUACUGCCGUUUAAAGCAAAACUGUUUUGAUUACUGAAAUGUUAACUAACUUUA